CAGACCAGCCGAAAACAUACGACAAGAAACCCUGCCCAGGGUGUGACCUUGCCGCCAUGUCGGGGAAACGCCCUUCAGACGACCUUGACCCAGACUACCAGGACGUUGUCCAGCCAAACAAGCGGCUCAGGUCCAUGCAGCAGGAUGGUCUCACCUCUGUGUUUCUGCCCCCAGCCAAGGACGCGACGGUUCGGAAGAUCGUGACGAUUAUUAAGGACCAGUUUUCGCAGGAGAUCCGCAACAAGGAGAGGGAAAUACAGGUCAUCGACGAGCGUAUCCACCAGGCGAGAGGCAUGCUGGACCGGCUCCGUGCCUGCAUCAUCGCCAGCUACUACGGAGGGGUCGCGCAGAAACCCAACGAGCCACCGGACCCAACUGCUGCCAACCACCCAGCCAUUAAGAAGCUCAUCGAUAGGCCAAAAGCUGCUGCAUCGGCCAAUCAGACAGAGGAAACAGAAAGCUCCAACCAAUCAGCAGAAGGCUCUCAGGAGGACCGUCAGCCCGAGGAGAGGGAUGCAGGACUGCCCAGUCUGGAGGAAAUCUGUGAUUCUGUCGACAAGGCUGACCCCGCCCCUGCCCCGCCCACCCAAGAACCGACCAAUGACGGCAGGUUUGACUUUGAGCAGGUUCUGGGCAGGAGGAGUGCGGGAGGGCCGAGCCGCUUCUGCGUCAAGAAACGCAUCAUCGUGGGAAACGUCUCCAAGUACAUCACAGCAGACAAGCGCGAGGAGAAUGACCAGUCAACCCACAAGUGGAUGGUUUAUGUGCGCGGCCCGCGAGAGGCCCCCAGAAUCGACCACUUUGUGAAGAAGGUGUGGUUCUACCUGCACCCCAGCUACAGGCCCAACGACUUAGUGGAGAUCAGGUACGAAACACCCUCCCCCUUCCACCUGACGCGUCGGGGCUGGGGGGAGUUUCCUGUCCGAGUCCAGCUACACUUCGUCGACCCUCGACACAAGAAGGUCGACAUCAUCCACCAGCUCAAGUUGGACAGGACCUACACCGGCCUGCAGACACUUGGAGCCGAGACGAUCGUAGACGUGGAGCUGGACCGUCACCUGUUUGAUGAGACAGGAACGCCGCUCUUCCCCGACCUAUCCGUGCUCUCAUCCGGACUGCCAGCCAAGCCUGCAGCGCCACCUGGCAGCUCCAGUGCGGAAUUGCAGGCUGCCGGUUCCCCAGUUAAACCCAGCACCAGUGCAACAGCUCCCUCUAGCAGUGCGUCCGCGGAACUGCAGGCUGGCAGGUCCCCAGUCAAAACCAGCACAAUCACAACAGCCCCCUCUAGCAGCUCCAGUUCAGAACUGCAGGCCACAGUGAAGCCCAGCACUAGUACAGCUGUCCCCCAGAGUAGCUCUAGUUCAAAUGUGAAGCCCACUGCCAAACCCAGCACCAGUGCAGCAGCUCCACCUGGCAGUUUUGGAGAGGAACUGCAAGCCGCUAAAGCUGGGGCAGAAAAGGCGGAACCGGAGCCCAAACCUGGCCCUUCUCUGGUGCGCAGAUCCCCCCGUGCGAAAACUCGGCAAGACACCAGGAAACUCUCUCCUCCUGAAGAAAGCAGCUCCAAGAAACCUCGCAAGACCCGAGAGGAAGACAGCCAGGCCAAGGAAAGUGUAAAACUUGAAGAUAAAAGUCUUAAAGAAAAAUCUAAAGAAGGAAAACUCGUUGCUGAAGAUGUAACGUCUGAACAGAAACCCAAAAUCGUCAUGACGACAGCUAUUCCACAAUCCUCUGGGUCAAUUGUGGACAGUCCGAAACCCAAAUCUGUUGCCAUGGUAACCAGCACAGCCACGCCCAUCCCAGCCAUCACCAUGGCAACUGGCCGAGCCGUAUCCAAGGCAACGGUUUCCCCCAAGACGUUGGUGGGAGAAGAGAAAGACAGGAUGACCUUGGCGGUUCCGGUGAAGGUGAAAUCGGAGCCGCUGUCUCCGAUGCGAGUCUCGCCUGCAGUGGUUCCGCCGUCCCGCGAGGCGGUUCCGUUUUCCUGUAUGAUUGACACGAAACCGGCGCUCCUGUCCGUCCCGUCAAAGGUGGCGGUUGGACCAGUGAAAACGGCAAAACCGGUCGCGGUUACUGGCACUACCGUGGUGGGCACCCCGCCGCAGGGAAUCGUCAUCACCAAAAUCGUCCCGACCGCCGCCAAACCCGUCACCACCGUCCAGCAGACCCUGACCUUGAAACCCGCCUCCAAGGUCGUCUCCGCGGCGACGCAGCAGCAGAACAUCACCAUCAUCAAGCAGGUGAAGCAGGAGGCGACCAUUGCCAUGGCAACCCAGCCCAGCGUGGUGGUAACCGCGGGAACCGGACCAAAGACGGUUAACCUGACCUCGCCGCCGAAGGGCGCCAUCUUGAAACUCUCUGGGCUGCCGGGUCAGAGUUCGCCGUCGGGGGGUCACAUGAUCGUGAUGAGCUCGCAGCAGAGCGCGGUGCAGGCUGUUCCGAGAGUCGUCGCCUCCCCCCCAGGACAGGGCAAGGCCGUUCUGCUGAGCGGAGUCACCCCCCAGGUGAAGGUGGAGAAGCUGGGGGAAGGGAAGGUUCCGGUGACCCCGACCAAGGUCAGCAGCACGUCUCCGACUGUUCCGCCCGGCACUCCGCCACAGGUGCGCACGAUCAGUGGAGCUGUGAUUGGUGGACUGAGUCCCGUGUCGAAGCCUCAUCCUGGUACAUCAGCGGGAAAUGUCGUUCAGGUUGCUCCUCAGCAGAUCGUGUCCCCCCCUCCAAACGUCCCGGGUGGUACGACCCUGCUGACCCCAAACGUGAUGAACCUCCCUCUGGUGAACGUCGCGCCGGGAGCGAAAGUUUUCCUCGCCGCAAAAUCCACCGACCCGGCCAUGAAAGGGAAAGUGAUCCUCAUCCCGCAGACCGCCAUCGUCAAGGGCAUCCCGCUCCAGCAGGGAGGUCAGGGGUCGGGGGUCACGGUGCUGCAGGGGUCGCCGGUCGUCCCGGGGGUCAACAUGCCAGCGCAGGUUGUAGGGGGGUCCCCCCAGGGAGGGAAUAUCGUGCACGUGGUACAGGGGGGUGGGCUGGCCGCACAGGGGGCCAGCCCCACUCCUACUCUACCCACACAGGUCGCAGUGUCCCAGGGUGGUGCGGUGCAGGUGACAGGUCAGAGGUCGCAGGGUGAAAGGUCGUCGCCGGGUGUGGCCCAGACGGUGAAGGCGGGGUCGACGAUCACGCUACCUCUGCAGCCCGGGACGUCCUACAUCCUCAUGCAGCAGCAGCCCCCGGGGGGUGCCUCCACCAGCGGGAACGUCCCCGGCUCUUCCCCCAGUCGCCCCUCCACCCUCAUGGUGCAGCAGCUGGCACAGGACCAGGCUGGGAAGACACAGAUGCAGGUUGCCCCACAGCCCAGCACCAAGCCCAUGCAGUCCUUCCGGAUCAUACCAUCGUCCACCCAGGCGGGUGGGCAGUCCCCGACCGCGGACUCCGGCGGCAAGGCGGGACCGAGCGUUGCCACGGCAGGAGGUCACACCUUCAUCGCGCUCACACCGCAACAGCUCAGCCAGAUCGGCAAACCUGGCGCGCAACAGAUUGGAGCGGGCCAGACCCUCCUGGUUCCCGUGCAGAACGUGCAGAUGGCGGGAUCGGGCGCGGGAACCUCCCAGCUCGUCACCAAGUCCGCCUGUACGCCGACUGUUCUCACCCCCUCCCCCUCCCACCGCGCAGGGAACUCGCCUGCCAAGGUCAACACGCCGGCCAAGGUCACCUCUAGUCUGCAGAAGAGCAUCCUGCAGAUGAAGCUGGGGUCACAGGUCACGGGGUCAAGGGCCACGGGAACAUCUCCCACCCCGACCUUUGACAUUAUUGAGCUGAUGGCCCGGAAAGUCUGCACGUCAGGCAUUGAGACAAAGGAACAGCUGAUUGGUGCUGUGGUGCGGCACGUUCCACUCGUGGACCCAAACAGGGCCUUGAGCCAGCACCCGUACUGUGCCCAGACCCGUCAGCAGUUUUUCGGCUGGAACGUCGGCAAGCAGCGCGCAGCCGAGUGGCAGCGUUCCGUCGCCGUCAGGAAGGUCAUCGACAAGGUCAAAUCCUCCAGCCAAAAACUCGCCCUGCCCACCCCCACCACCAGGGAGAUCAUGGACUGGUCCAGGACCCAUGGAUACACCCCAUCUGCAUACAAUGCGCUGAAGGAAGAUGAAAACUACUGCGAGCUGUGUGGACAGAAACUCCGGGCAAAGCUGAGAACGGCUCACGAAGACUGCCUCCGAUUCUGGGCUGCAAACGGCCCCCCCUCCAGCUGCAGUGGUUCGGCCGACCUGUGUCAGAUGUUAGAGGACACCAAACCUUCCCAGCAUGCCGAUGACAACGACCUGGAAGUGGAUGUCAUCUCGCUGGGUCAGGAGACAAAGGUGGUGGUGAAGCAGGAGCCAAUGGAAGAAGAGGAUGACCACCCGCGGUUUUUCCUGCCGAUGUCGCCUGCCGCAGAAUUCGUGCACGACACCGCACAGAAGCUGGGAGUGAAACUGGAACCUGUGGAGACGACUAAAGACAUGUUCUCACCUGUCCUGGAGGAGAUGGUCCUUAAGGCUGCCCUGCUGUUCACCAAUGACGUGCUGCGUGGUGCUCUGGCGAGCGCGUACGAGCGGAACAACCUCAGCACACUCAGACACGCCCCUCCCAUCAUCCUCCCCAGCCACAUCCACCAAUCAGUGAGCUCCAACCCGUCAUGUGACUUCCUCACCAACUGCCACAUGGGCGUGGUUGCCAUGGAGAAGGAAGAACCACCCGCAUCAUGAACAGGGCAGUAACCAUGGAGACGGUAACCAUGGAGAUGGUCACCAUGGAGAUGGUCACCAUGGAGAUGGUUACCAUGGAGAUGGUCACCAUGGAGAUGGUCACCAUGGGGAUGUUCACCAUGGAGAUGGUCACCAUGGAAACAGUUACCAUGGAGAUGGCAACCAUGGAGACGGCUGCCAUGGAGAUGGUUACCAUGGAGAUGGCUACCAUGGAGACAGUUACCAUGGAGACAACUACCAUGGAGAUGCCUGAAAUAAACAUAAAACAUCCAGAACUGCCUGGAUAUAGAGAUAAAAGACUUGACUGGAGACUAUUUUAAG